GGAAACGCGAUGUGAAAUAUGAACGACUAGAGAGUGAAUCAGAAGCAAAGCCUUCUAAGAAGAAGAUCUGUGCAUUGAAGAUCUUUUAUUUUUAUUGCUUAUUAUUUGCGCUUUUCUUUAUUGUCUUCAUUUAUGUACAAGAUUCCUCCGAAGCACCUUAUGCCAAACCAGAAGACUCUGACCUGCCAACUCAUCCUUUACCAAUCCUCCAAACACCACACAUAUACACAUCCGCCAGUCCUCCGUCUGCAAAGGCGUGUGGUGUUCAAGUGAAGGAUGGGCCUUUGGUUAAAGUCGGGCAUCUUAACACAUACGUGAUCGGCUCUUACUUGGAGCAUCGUUUUGGUGAGAAACAGAUAAAGACGAUUGCCAUUGUUCUUCGACGUGAGCAGGCGACGUUCAGUUGUGUGAUGUGCUGCGAUGGGACGACCGUGAGGUUACCAGCUGAAUGCUCAAUUCAUGACGACCACUUUAACUUUGAAUAUGGCACCGCUACUAUCAUGUGCACAAUCAAAAGCACAUGUUUGACACCGACGCAUGUUGCAAUCACAGCAAGUGGCGUCUCAGGGAGCCUAACAUCCUUCCAACCUAUUAGAAACAGAGACGUUCCAACGACCUUCCCGUAUGAGUUCACAAUCUGCAUCUCUGUCAUGUACGACUACAAGAGUGUGCUGAAUCUAGUCCAGUCCAUGGAGAUGUUCAGACUGCUUGGCGCUCAAAGGGUGGUGAUAUAUAAAACCAACUGCGAUUCACACACACAGAAGGUUCUGGACUAUUAUGAGAAAAAAGGUUUCGUGGAGAUCAUUCCGUGGACGAUUAAAAAGCACAUUAAAGUGUCUCGCGGCUGGAAUAUAAAUAAGUCGCCAGGUCAGCUGCAGUACUAUGGGCAGAUCCCUGCGCUUAAUGACUGUGUUUAUCGUUACAUGUACCAAAGUCGCUAUGUGGCUCUACAUGACUUGGAUGAGCUCAUUCUGCCUUUAAAACUGAAAUCCUGGACGGAGCUGUUGCCUGAGCUUAAGAUCAAGUACAGUUCUAAUGUGGGCUUUGAGUUUGAGAAUAACCAGUUCCCGUUCACCGCAAAGGCUCAUGCGGAUUAUGAGCAAGACAAAUGGAAAAACAUACAGGGAGUGAAUAUUUUAAAUUAUAUCGAUCGAGUACCCAACCUCCCUAAUACGUUCAACAAUUACAAGAUUAUAGUAAAUCCUCGGCUGGUUUUGAAGGCUACUGUCCAUGGCUUGCUGGAAAGUGUGAACAGAAGCCCCACGGUCCGAGUGAACAACUCCAUCGCUCGCAUGUACCACUUUAAAAACUUUACAUACCCACCCAACACAAAGCUUGUAAGAGAUUAUCAUCUCUGGGACUAUGCCAAUUAUCUUAUACCGGCUGUUUCUAAAGUUCUACAGGCCUCUGGACUCAUUGAGGCCUAGAUUG